AUGGCUCCUCAAGACUCUGUCGUCGUCGAUGAACGAGACGUCGACUCUUCAUCAGAUCCGGUGCGGAAGGAUGUUAAGAAAAAAUGGGUGAGUUAUAUUUGGGAUACAUUUGACAAGUCGCUGGAGGAGCGGCGGUUGCUGUUCAAGUUGGAUACAGCCAUUCUUACCUUUGCAUCUUUGGGAUAUUUCAUCAAAUAUCUGGAUCAGGUUAACAUUAACAAUGCAUUUGUAUCUGGAAUGAAGGAGGAUUUGGGCAUGUAUGGCAAUCAGCUGAAUUACAUACAAGCAUGCUGGACCGUUGGCUACGUCAUUGGCGAGAUUCCGAGUAAUAUGCUCUUAACUCGAGUCCGGCCUAGAUAUUGGAUUCCAGCUAUGGAGCUCCUGUGGACUGUCUUGACGUUUUCCUUAUCAAGAUGUAACACGCCAACUCAAUUCUAUGUUUUGCGGUUCUUCGUCGGCCUCGCAGAAAGCACAUUCUACCCCGGCAUGCAAUACAUCAUCGGCUCUUGGUACCGCAAAGACGAACUCGCCAAACGAUCCUGCAUUUUUCACACUAGCAGCGGCAUCGCAAGUAUGUUCUCGGGCUACCUCAUGGCUGGUGUAUAUAACUUAGAAGGACGCGGCGGUUUUAGAGGUUGGCAGUGGCUAUUCCUAAUCGACGGAAUUAUUUCCCUUCCUAUAGCGAUAAGCGGCUUCUUCGUUUUACCUGAUGUUCCCGAGAUUUCGAAUCCGUGGUAUCUCAGUGAGAAGGAAGUGGCGCUAUCGCAGAAACGAAUGGAGUUGGAAGGGCGCAAGCCUCGAGAGCCGUAUACUAAGUCCAAGCUUAAGAAGAUAUUUACUUCGUGGCAUAUUUGGCUUUUGACGAUUUUAUAUAUUGCGUUUAAUAAUGCCGCUGCAAGUAGUCAGCCUGUUUUCCAACAAUACCUCAAAGCCUCCAAAGACCCAGUCUACGAAGUCUGGCAGAUCAACGCCUAUCCCACAACAACCAACGCAGUUCAAGUCGUCACGACCCUAAUUUACGCUUGGACAUCCGAUACAAUCCUCAAGGGGCGCCGCUGGCCACCCAUCAUCUUUGGCGCUAUAAUAAACAUCAUUUGCUACGUCUCCCUAGCAAUCUGGGACAUCCCCACCGGCUGGCAUUGGGCCUGCUAUAUUCUCGCUGGUUCAGGAUACGGCUUGAGUGGUUUACUCAUGGCAUGGACGCACGAGAUUUGCUCCGAGGAUAAUGAAGAACGUGCCCUGGUUAUUGGAAGUAUGAAUGAAAUGGCGUAUGUCUUUCAGGCGUGGCUGCCGCAGGUUGUUUGGCAGCAGGUGGAUGGGCCGCAAUAUACGAAGGGUUUUAUUACGUCGAGUAUUUUGUCGGGGAUUUUGAUUAUUACGACGGUUGGUAUUAGGGGGUUGGAGAAAAAAGGGUUGUAA